GCACCUGAUCUCUGCAACGAGUCAUCAUUUCAAGUCUUCACAAAGCAGUCAAAGCUCCCCGGCUAUGGAGUAAAUAAUCUCCCCGGCAUCAUACACAAGUAUAAUAAGCUCAUAUAUAUGCAUCUCUGAUCUGAUCUCAAAUCGGGUGUUGAAUUCAAUCUAGAUCUGAACCAGAUCACUCGCAGUACAAACCCUAAUGUCUUGUUUGGCACUUUCCCUUCAACCCGCCAACGGCCCCGACAUCCUCCUCCAAACCCGAGAAUGGUUUCCUCCAUCUCGUGCCCUAAUGGCCCUCUCCGCCUUCCGGCAGACCCGGUUAGCCUUCUCCAAGCAUGCUCAAGCGGCCUCCGCUAUGUCCUCACCGGAGCCCACCCCCUCCGAUGCCCUAGGCGAUGAUCCUCUCGCCGCAUCUUCCGGUCAGGUAAUUGUCGGCGUGGAAUCCCGGUAUCGUGUUGUUUAUCGGCUUGUUAAUUCCAUUUAUGUGCUUGCUAUUACCACUGCUGAUGAAAAUGAUAAGGAUCGAAUUGUGAAUAAUGUGUUUGAGUGUAUUAGCAUUGUGAAUCAAGCGGUUUCGGUUGUAGUAACUGCUUGUAGGGGUGUGGAUGUGACCCCUGAAAAGCUUGGCAAGAAAUACGCUGAGAUCUAUAUGGCUUUGGAUAUAGUUUUGAGAGGGGUUAGUAAUAUCAGGCUUGCAGCUAUGCUGGCCUCGAUGCACGGGGAUAGCAUUGCCAAAAUGGUGCAUUCUGCUGCCAAUACAGAGAGUAAGAUUAGGGGAGCUGAUAAUUGGGCAAGUUUGGAAGGUCACUCUGUAGAGCAUGAGGCUGGGGUAGAAUCGUUUUCGAAAGCUAUAUUUGAGUUGCCUCCCGAGACACUGGAGGCUGGGGAUGAAGUUGCUGCCACAUUGGUGAUCACGGGCGGGGAAAAGGAGGAGGAGAAGGAGAAGGUGGAGGAGAGUGAGGAGAAGGAUCCAUUUGCAGCAAGUGAUAGGAUUAACAAACCAGAGUCAUUGGUGGGCGAGUUUAAGAAGUAUAAGGAUAAAGAUAAUUCUGAUGUGACUAAAGCGUUGGCUGGGCUUGAGGUGACUACAUUGCCACCUGCUGCAGCUAGUCAGUCAACACACAUUGGUGUUGAAGGGUUUGAAGGGGAUUAUGGCGGGAUAGAGUUUACUAAUGAGGGAUCAACACUGAGAGAGGAUUUCGAAGGGAUUAAUGAUGCGUGGGGUGGUGGAUUGGAUGCCUCAGAGUAUGUGGGAACAAAGAAAAUUAAGAAAGAUCAAGGGCUCGGUGGGCUUGAGUUAUUGGAAACUAGUGAGCCUCCUAAAACUCAAGCUGGAGCUCCUGCUGAGAGUGAUGCUGGCAAGAAUCUUGAGGACAUUUUGGUGAAGAAGAUGAAGGGUCCGGAGAUGUACAUUACAGAAGAGAUCAGUGCAGAGUUUAGGGAGUCAUUGCUUUCUAGAGUUGGAUUGAUGGGCACUAUCUACUUAAAGACAAUGCCUCCAAAACCAUCUGAUGACAAGGAAACUGAGUUUUCAUUCAAGGUUGAUGGUACAGGUGGAGUUAAGAGAUUUGUUAUGCAAAACUCUCUAGUGAGUAGCCUUGGAAAUGGGAUGUUUCAUGUGAAGACUACACCUUCAAAUGAGCCUAUUCCAAUUAUCAAGUACAGCUUGCUACCACGCUUAACACCAUUGCCUUUGAGGGUUCGUCUUGUUCAACGCCUCAGUGGAACAUUACUCUCUGUGAUGCUGCAGUAUGUGUCAAACCCAGAUCUGUCAGCUCCUUUAACUAAUGUGACUUUUGUUAUGAAGCUUCCUGUGGAUCCAACCUUAGUAAAGGUUUCCCCAAAAGCUGUACUGAACAGGUCUGAGAAAGAACUAAAAUGGCAUAUAGAAGAGAUCCCACUGAAGGGCAAUCCUGGUAGGUUGAGGGCUAGGUUUCCAGUGGAUAUUAGUGAUGAAGAUAAUAUUGAAGAACUUGAGGUCGUUGGUUCUGUAAAGUUUUCUACGCAAGGAGCUAGAUCAUUGUCAGGCAUCUCUUUGCUGCCUGCAAUUGAGGGUAAGACAGACUUUUAUGAGGUUGAUCACAGGUAUGCAAGUGGGAAUUACAUUUGCAACUAAACAUUCAUUUUGUUCUUUGUUUACAAAUUGUAUGUCCUCUUGUUUUUAUUUUCUUCGCAAUGAGGUUUUGAUUUGAAAAUACUUGUAGGUCUAUUUGAGUGUGACAUGUAACAAAGACAAAUUCUUCUAUGUGGUGUGUGUUUAAAUUUGUCUGGCGUUUAGCUUAUGUUAUGGACUUAUGGUGAACAAACUUUGCACAAAUUCUGUUAUAGUUCUUACGUACAUCCAAAAUCUUGGACCUUGGCAUC